UUGAAAAGUAUCAAAACACUUUCAAAAUGGAUAUGCGUGAGACUCCUUCGACAGUGGUGCAUCGUCGGACACAAUAUUCGGGCUGCCUUAUCAUCGCACGUAGCUUUUUCAGAUCGAUUGGCGUUAAUGCAGUGAAUUUUCGAUUCAUUUAGUUCAGAGAAUACGACGAAAAGUAGUUCAUUAUGGUGCAACACAUUCUACCAUUUGGAGACGUAACAGACCGGUCGAUCACUCUGCCAAUCCGAGUCACCCCAAAUCCUCGAGAUGCCGCUUCCUUUGAAAGUAUAAAUUGCGAUGAUGCUUUAAUACAGACCACGGUUCCGCUCUGCUUUAGUGUAAUCAACGAAACCUCAUCAGCGCGGGCCGAUGGUAGCGGGACAGCCAUCGAUACCGUGCCUCUAUUGGGCGAACCGCCCCAGAUGACGCCAUCCGUGUUGGUACGGGUUGCUGUUCUGGGGGCGAUCGGUAGCAUAUCGCUCAUCGCCAAUGUGAUGGCAUUGGCUUCAAUAUUUCGCAUGCGUCAGAGAAGGAUAUCUUCUCACAACUCAAGCCUGUACACAUUAUUGGCGCAUAUGGCAGUAGCAGACCUGCUUGUCACGUUAUUCUGCAUAGUUGCUGAGGCAUGUUGGACGUAUACGAUUGAAUGGAUGGCAGAUGUCUAUACGUGCAAAACUCUCAAGUACGCUCAAUUGUUCUCGCUCUACCUUUCGACGUUCAUUCUUAUCGUGCUUGCACUGGACCAGCUGCUCAUUGUUCGAUAUCCCCUACGUAAAGACACAAAUAUUGUGACUAUUAGAAGGGCAAUUAUUUCUGCCUGGAUCGUCGCUGCAUUACUCUCCGUUCCACAGUUAAUUAUUUUCCGAGUGGAAAUUGGGCCAUUUAACGUGCCAUUCUAUCAAUGCGUGACUCAUGGUUUCUACACCGAGCCGUGGCAAGAACAAGUGUAUGUGACCACAUCUUUGUUACUUAUGUUCGUUCUACCGCUAGCUACAUUGGUUAUCACCUACGGAACAACUUUUCGCACGAUUGCCAACCUCCCAGCCCUUCAUUGCGGUGAAUUUGAUAGUAAUUUAUGUCGGUCGGGCUCUCAACAGCGGACCUCACUUUCGACAGCAGUGGCAAAGCUUGAAAGUAUACGACCUAUGAGAUGCGGCACCACUGCCAACAGCCACCCGAUGGAGGUAACUCGGCGCCGUCUGCUAGCUAGAGCGAAGAAAAAGUCUCUGAUGAUAACGGUCGUCAUUGUUGUGGCAUUCAUUGUCUGCUGGACGCCAUACUAUGCGAUGAUGGUCAUAUUUAUCUUUAAUCUUGAUCCCGGUCAGAAGAUCACAGGAGAGCUACAAUCAGCCAUUUUCUUCUUCGGCAGUUCAACGGCGAUGAUAAAUCCGGCAAUUUACGGGGCUUUUCACCUCAGAAGGCCACGUACCACAAAACUCCGAAACUCUACCGUAGUUUUAUCUGCGGCGGCCUUUCGGAAACCCUCGUCUAAUAGCCCUUCAGUUGCAACAACUACACUUGGCCGAAGACGCAAUCAAAAAAAGAGUCAUCAUACACGCGUAAGGCAUUAUCUCAUCAGCAAGAGUCCUUCAAAUACAUUGCCAGUGUACGCGAGCCAGCAGCAUGAGCCGGGGGAGCUACCCAAAAUGGAAGUGGAGGUACGACUCGAGGCCAGCUAGGAGCAAAGCUAGACAGCGCUUGGAAACAUGCCAGAUUGCUUAUGUCAUAUCGUGUACAAUAUCGUUACUUGUUUGAUAAUAGGUAUGUUCGGAACAGUUAAGUCAGUAAUCUAUGUGGUAGUACACGCGGAUAAUUAGUACUAUACAAAAAAUAUGGUGACUGGAAGAGGCUGUAUCGUCUUCAAGCCACCUGGCAUCCCAAAUUUUCAAUAGCAAAAAAGCUGCAGUUUUUCUAGCAUGCGCUCGAUACGAAGUCCAAAGUCUCAUAACUAUCCAAACCUGCGCUAAGUACUUGAUUUGCGCUGAGCGCAGAAAUUAAAAUUUCAACUUCGUAAAAAAGCAAUAAAAGUUAAAAUGCAUAGUUACUCGUAUUGGAUGGAAACCUUAAACACUCUAGCGGCUAAAUGUUCUUUUCUUUCCAGGGACACUGCCAUGUCCCGCAAAGACCAAACAUGGAUUCAGUUGAAAGCUAAAGUAUAUCAAGCAUGGGAUGUCUUAAAUUUGACCCACAUGACAAUUUGGCUAACAGUCCCACAAAAGUGUCCCCUAACCUUAUUACUAAUAUAACAAUACCCUUAUACUAUUUUUAUCUCUUUCCUAAUGAUCGUAUAGAUCGAUAGAAGAGGAAAUUUUUUCGCAGUGAUUACGUUAUUCUUCUAUCCAAAAACGACCAAACUUCAUAUUCUGCAAACUAGAUCAUUUGAUACCCUGAAGAAUCCCUGGAGAAAAAAACUUUUUCCAUUGCUUCGAGGGUGUCACUGCGUUUGAGGACGCACCGAAUGUUUCGGUAGUAUUGGCGUUAUUCCUAUGAUCGCAAAGAUAAAGACACAAUCUAAGUGGUUUAUUUCGACACCAUAUCUAAUUAAGGGUUUUCGCCUGUAUAUCUAGUAAGUGUAUGUAAUAUUAUAACAAAUAUAUAAUACAUUCAGAUAGACAGGACCGCUGAAUAUUUGAAAUAGAAAAUG